UUACGCUGGUGUACACGUCCUGCCACGACUGCUGCUAGGCACGCCAGCCAUCCACAAACAUGACACGGCAAUAUACCCUCUUCGCACUAUGUAUAUCGUUAUGUGUGCUGCUUCCUGCUGUCGCGACAGCGCAUAUGAUCGAGGUACCGGCAGGAAAGAAGGAGUGUUUCUUCGAGGACCUCCAUGUCAAUGACAAAAUGACAGUGACUUACCAAGUUGGUGGUGGAGGCCACCUUGAUGUUGACUUUUGGUUGCAAGAUCCUGACCAUGUGUCGCUCGCGGACCACAAGAAGCAGAGCACAGGGACUGUCUCCAUAACAGCGAAGAAGGAUGGCCGCUACCAAUACUGUUUCUCGAACAUGAUGAGCACCGUCGUCGACAAACUCAUCAGCUUCAACGUUCACGGUGUGAUCUAUGUUGAUGAUGAUGAGACCGUGGCACCCAUCGAGCGCGAAAUUCGCGCAUUGGCGAAUGGCCUGACCGCUGUGAAGGACGAGCAGGAGUACAUUGUCGUCCGGGAACGAAAACAUCGGGACACGGCCGAGUCGACAAACGCUCGAGUGAAGUGGUGGUCAAUAUUCCAAGCGGCCGUCCUUUUUUCGGUGGUGGCAUGGCAGGUGUAUUACUUGAAGUCCUUUUUCGAAGUAAAACGCGCUUUCUAAUAUGUAACGAUACGUCGGACACUUCGGGUCCUUCCUGCCCUGCACUAUUGAGCUGGCUCGUGUUGCGCGGGCUCGAAAUAAUCCUUCAUGCCAUUCAUGGAUU